CAACAUGAGUGAAAAACCUACAAAGCAAAAGUUAUGGGGAGGAAGAUUCACAGGAAAGACUGAUCCAUUAAUGCAUGCGUUCAAUCAGUCAUUAAAGUAUGAUCAGCGAAUGCAUGCUGCCGAUAUUCGUGGAUCGAUCGCGUAUGCCAAGUCGCUCACCAAAGUCGGUAUACUGACACAAGAUGAAGAAACAAAAAUCACGGAGGGGUUAGCAGUUGUUGGGCAAGAGUGGGCUAGUGGAACGUUUCAACCUGCUCCAGAUGAUGAAGACAUCCAUACAGCUAACGAACGACGCCUGAGUGAACUCAUUGGCCCCUUGGGCGGAAAGCUACAUACGGGCCGGUCGCGAAACGAUCAAGUCGCAACGGAUAUGCGUAUUUGGCUUCUGGACGAGGUGAAGGAAAUUGAAGCUGGUCUCUGUGCGCUCAUUCGUGUGAUGGUUGAACGUGCCGAUAGAGAAGUCGAUUAUCUCAUGCCUGGAUAUACGCAUCUUCAGCGCGGCCAACCCAUUCGAUGGUCCCACCUCCUUCUCUCCCAUGCAUUCUCGUUUCGCUCGGACCUUGAACGUCUCCGCCAGCUGAUACCGCGCAUCUCUGUACUUCCGCUGGGGUCUGGCGCUCUCGCGGGCAACCCUUUCUGUGUCGAUCGCGAUUUUCUCGCGGCUGAACUAGGAUUCCAGUCCGUAGCAGAAAACAGCCUCUGGGGCGUCGGGGACCGGGACUUCAUCAUCGAAUUUAUGAUGUGGGCAAGCUUGACCACAACUCAUCUCAGUCGGAUGUCAGAGGACUUCAUCAUCUACUCUACGGCUGAGUUUGGAUUCAUCACGUUGAGCGAUGCUUAUAGCACAGGGUCGAGUAUGAUGCCCCAAAAGAAAAACCCCGAUUCCUUGGAACUCCUGCGAGGUAAAUCUGGUCGUGUUUUUGGCAACGCUGCCGGAUUCAUGAUGACCUACAAGGGUCUUCCUUCGACAUACAACAAGGAUCUGCAGGAAGAUAAAGAACCCCUCUUCGACACGGUCAGCACGGUUGCUGCAUGUUUCCGGAUAGCAGAGGGCGUCAUCGCAACCCUUGACGUACAUCCUCAAAGAAUGCGGCAAGCGUUGACAAUGGACGUCCUCGCCACUGACCUGGCUGAUUAUCUUGUGCGCAAAGGAAUUCCUUUCCGGGAGACGCAUCAUAUAUCAGGGCGAGCUGUCGCGCUGGCUGAGUCGAGAAAGUGUCAGCUCAAUGAGCUUACCUUGGGCGAUUUUAAGAGUCUGUCUGACAAGUUCAGCGAUGAUGUCCACCAGAUAUUUGAUUUUGAAGCCAGCGUGGAAAGGAGGCAGGCGAUAGGAGGGCCAAGCAGGAUCAUGAUCAAACGUCAGGUGUCUGUCUUACUCGCAGCUCUAGGAUCAUAGAUUUUGACAGCUGUAUCUGUGAUAUUUCGUUAAGUUCGGAAUGGAUGUUCCAUCUUUGAGCGGUGGGCGCUUGAAUAGCGCAUGUCGC